UUGUUAAAUUAUAUUGAUGUACAAGUUUUGGAUUUACAUGGUAAACAAAAACAAACAAAAUGGACAAUUACCUUUUUUGAAUUCAUGAAUGCAAAGCAAUGUGUUCUUCUUUGUACAGAUGUUGCUGCUCAUGGACUAGGCAUUCCAGCUAUAGACUGGAUUAUUCAAUAUGAUCCACCAGAUGAUCCACGUGAUUAUAUUCAUCGUGUGGGAAGAACAGCUCGUGCUG